AUCGGGGCUGGAGGAGGGGUGCAGGAGCGAGCCGCAGGGCACACCCGCGGGUCCCACGCCCCGCCGACUGCGCAUCCUGCGGCGCCGACCUCCGCGGGGGGGAAAGGCGAGGCGCAGCGGCCGCCGAAGGCUUGGCACCGGCUGGGGCCCCGGGCGGCCGCCGCUCCCUCCGCCGCCCCACCUCUUGCCCGGCCCUCCCCACCCCGCCCCACCGCCCGCCCGCAGGUGCAACCGCGGCGGCCGCCGAGUAGGUGCGUGGGGAUGAUCUCACUCGCGCGCUCCGCGCCAGGAGGAGGAGGAGCGGGAGCAGACCCAACUUCCGGGUAGUGCAGCCGCACGCCACCGGCAUCUUGCUUUUCCUCCCCCUCCCCCCCGCUGCACCCCUCGCCUCUCCCUCCUUUCCUUUAUUCCCGGCCCCACCUGCCAAAAUGAACAGCUCGGACGAGGAGAAGCAGCUGCAGCUCAUCACCAGCCUGAAGGAGCAAGCCAUAGGCGAAUAUGAAGACCUCCGAGCCGAGAACCAGAAAACAAAGGAGAAGUGCGACAAAAUUAGGCAAGAACGAGAUGAAGCUGUUAAAAAACUGGAGGAAUUUCAGAAAAUUUCUCACAUGGUUAUAGAGGAAGUCAAUUUUAUGCAGAACCAUCUUGAAAUAGAGAAGACCUGUCGAGAAAGCGCCGAAGCUUUGGCAACAAAGCUAAAUAAAGAAAAUAAAACAUUGAAAAGAAUCAGCAUGUUGUACAUGGCCAAGCUGGGACCAGAUGUAAUAACUGAAGAGAUCAACAUCGAUGACGAAGAUGCCAGCACAGAUCCAGAGGGUGCCGCGGAGACUUGCGUCUCCAUCCAGUGUCAGAAGCAGAUCAAAGAACUUCGAGAUCAAAUUGUAUCUGUUCAGGAAGAGAAGAAGAUAUUAGCCAUCGAAUUGGAAAAUCUCAAGAGCAAACUUGUAGAAGUAAUUGAAGAAGUAAAUAAAGUUAAACAAGAAAAAGAUGUUUUGAAUUCAGAAGUUCUCGAACAGAGAAGAGUCUUAGAAAAAUGCAAUAGAGUGUCCAUGCUGGCGGUAGAAGAGUAUGAAGAGAUGCAGGUUAACUUGCAACUGGAGAAGGACCUUCGAAAGAAGGCGGAGUCAUUUGCACAAGAGAUGUUCAUCGAACAGAACAAGCUCAAGAGACAGAGCCAUCUUCUGCUGCAGAGCUCUGCCCCCGACCAGCAGCUGUUGAAAGCUUUAGAAGAAAAUGCAAAACUUGUCCAGCAACUUGAAGAAGAGAGAAUUCAGCAUCAGAAAAAGGUGAAAGACUUAGAGGAACAGCUAGAAAACGGAGCUCUCCACAGAGAGAUACGCAACCUUAAACAGCAGCUGGGGCUUCUGGAAGAAGAUAAAAAGGAAUUGGAAUUGAAAUACCAAAAUUCUGAGGAGAAAGCCAGAGAUUUAAAGCAUUCCGUUGAUGAGCUCCAGAAGCGGGUGAACCAGUCCGAGAAUUCGGUACCUCCGCCGCCGCCGCCUCCACCGCCGCUUCCCCCUCCUCCUCCCAACCCCAUCCGAUCCCUCAUGUCCAUGAUCCGGAAGCGAUCCCAUCCCAGCGGCAGUAGUGCUAAGAAAGAAAAAGCAGCUCAACCAGAAACAACCGAAGAAGUCACGGAUCUGAAGAGGCAAGCCGUCGAAGAGAUGAUGGAUAGAAUUAAAAAGGGAGUUCAUCUUAGGCCAGUGAAUCAGACAGCUAGACCGAAGGCAAAGCCAGAAUCUUCAAAAGGCUCUGAGAGUGCAGUGAAUGAGCUAAAAGGAAUACUGGGGACACUUAACAAAUCCACUAGUUCAAGAAGCUUAAAAUCCCUUGCCACUGAAAACAGUGAGACUGAGUUAGAGAGGAUUUUGCGUCGCAGAAAGGUGACAGCAGAAGCAGAUAGCAGUAGUCCAACCGGGAUAUUAGCCACCUCAGAGUCCAAAUCCAUGCCAGUGUUGGGUUCUGUAUCCAGUGUAACAAAAACAGCCUUGAACAAGAAAACUCUGGAGGCAGAAUUCAACAGUCCGUCCCCCCCAACACCUGAGCCAGGUGAAGGCUCGUGUAAAUUGGAAGGAUGUACAAGUUCCAAGGUCACAUUUCAGCUCCUAGCUCAGAGGUCUUAUUCUGAUCCAGAGCAGAUACGUGUCGAGAGAAUCCCUUCCCCUCAACUGGUUUGGCAACCCGGUUCUUCUUCUGCACAGAGAAUUGACGAAUUAUUCGGUGUCACGAGGAGCUUAAUCAUCCUUCCAGGAUUAAAUGCUCGGAUCAUCCCUCUUGAUGAUUUCUGAGCCGUCGAGGAAGAUGCUAGAUUUUCCAGGAGGUAGUAGAUAUCCUCUUCACGUGUACUUUGAAGGGGACAUUUUUAGAACCUUAUUUUCUGGUCCUCAGUCAACGGUGUGCCUUAAAUAUGGUUCCCUCUCGAGAGUGAAGAGAUCCUAUGUAAAGAGUGAUCUCUGCAGACUUGCUCUGAAAGUGGCACCCUGCCAAAGAGUAAAUCCCGCUGUUCAGUGUGCUGCGGACGGAUCCCGUGGAGGGGCGGUUUGUCUUACAGCAAAGGCAAGCUCUUCUCGGAAUUCCUCUAGCUUUGCUGUAGUUCUCUUGCCAGACGGUCAGCUGGUUUGCCACUUGAAGAAAAGGAAGAGGUGAGACAGAUCAGGUCAGCCGAAUAUUGUAAUCAUGGUUAAUUGAAACCUCGGAUUUCCUGUUCCAUCAGGAGAGAAAGAACCCUUUUCUGUAGCUGUACCUGUCCUGGUGUAAAAGGUGAAGCCUGGACAAACGAAGUGGAAAUUCAAUUUAGGUCUAUUUUUGCCAACUCGUAUUUUCUUCCACUCUUGUGUUGCUCUCGCCGGGCACGAUUAACUUUUCUCCCCCCCUCUUUUGGAAUGAAUGGACUUCUUUGCCGAUUUACAGUUUUAUCUCAUUUCAUUGUGUUUAAUUAAAAGCACACUUUCUCCUGCGGUCGUGUGUUUCCUUUCUUUUGACUGGGGUCAUUUGAACUAUUCCAACAAAAAGAUGAUCUAUAUUCAUUCUUCAUCUUUCCUAUUAAAUUUGUUCAACACCUAAUUUGACAUCAACAGUCUGGCUGCAUUUGAACCAAUACCCAGACACAAAAGCAAUUUGGCCGAGACAGGUUAGUUGCUGAGAUGUGCUUCAGCGUGCGCGUAUAGAUUUUUUUUUUUCCCUUUACCAUUUUAUACAGAUAAUCUUAAUCAGAAAAUACUGCAACUCCUUCCUCCUUUUGUCUGUCUUUUAUUCUCCAAAAGUAAGUGGAAAUUACAUUUCCAAGAAAGGAAAUGAAAUAAUUGCAGGCCCAAGGUCUGCAAAAUGUGUGUUGAAUUGACAGUGAAAAGGAUCCGUGUGUUGACAGACACAGUUGUUAGAUGCCAUAAAGGCCUAAGUGAAGCUCAAUUUAUUUCUCAUCUUGCUUGUUCAAUGACUGCUUAAGAGACACAUUUCAAUUUAAUUUAGCUACUUAAAGCACUAAUACAAAUACUCUGUGCGGCUGUAUUAACUUUUAAACUUUGUAACCUAAUGCUUGAUUAUUCAGUUCUUGACAUUCUUCAGCUGAAAUAACCAAUGCCAUGUAUUUUCGUAUUGACAGUCAUUUAGCAAGGAAGAGCGCCUUUAUGAAAAAUCUGUGUCUUAAGUAUAAUUAGGCUAUCCAAAUGAAUCUGACGAUUUUGCGCAUGUACAUGGUAAUUAUUCACUUCGCAGACAGGCACACUUCAUUUAUGUUUAAACCUAGGUUUGUUUGUUUUUUUUUUUUAAUGAGCGAAAGAAGUUUAACUUAAUGCAGUUGCGUGUAAGCUUUAAAAGCAAAAGCUCAUGUGAUCUAUCAGGAUUCCCGGAAACUGGUCUGGCUGCCAGGAAUGAGAGGGGUUAUUGUCUGUCUGGCUUCGACUAAUAAGUUUGCUCUGUUAUCCCAACCAUAAGGUAGAGGCAAACCACAUUGUCUCAUCUCAUAGACCCACAUUGUCAAAGCACUUGAAAAUCGGAUCAGCAAUCCAAAAGUGAAAUCCAAAACUGUCUCUACUCUAAUAAUUGCAUUUUUAUUUUGAUCUGUGGCCAAACUACCGUGGUGUUUCAGCCUAAUGGCUUUUUCUAUUCUUGACGGGGAAUCAAGGUCAAGGGAGGAAAACGAUCACACUAUCCUCUAAUACAUACGUUUUCUCUUUCUCUCGCUCUCACCCCUACACACACACCCAGUCCCUACCACCCUGACCCCCCCCCCCCCCGCCCUCCCUCUCCUUUGACCUCUCUGGCUGGGUAUCUCUUCCCCCUAGCCCUUUGCUUUUGCUGUCCCCUCUGCCUUAUAUGUCCUGCCCCCGUGGCUACCUGCCAUGCUGUCUCAUCUCCAUCAUUUCUUUGCCCUAAUGUCAUCUUUUCAAUAAGGCCUACCCUGACCACCCCGUUCAAAACUGUACCUCCUGUUCCUCUAAACUCUGAUUCGCCUCACCAUACUCCAUUCUUCCCCUGCUAGAAGGUCAGCUCCAUGAGGGUAGGAGUUUUUUGGUUUGGUUUUUUUGGUUUUUGUUUGUUUGUUUGUUUGUUUGGUCUGUCCACUGGUAUAUCUCAAACACCUGGGAGAAUUCUGGAAAUUCUGUAUAUACUUGUUGGACAAAUGAACAAAUGAGUCCAUUUUUAGUAUUACUAGAACAGCAGAAUAUCAAUUAAUGAGGAUACUCACUUAACCAGCAAUCCCCCUCUUCCUCAGCAGCCCCACAAGCACACAGGCUAAAUAUUAGAGAUUUUUGUUUCUCUAUGGUUGACUUCUUGUCUUUUUUAACAUUUUUUUUUAAAUGCUCAGGGGUCAUUUCCAGUCAGCUCAAUUUUGUAGAACUUCUGCGUCUUUGUACCUACACAAGAUCAAGUUAUCAGAGACAACAGCAUACCCAGUUAUAAAAGAAAGAUUCAGCUAUGCUCACUUCUGUGGCCUAAGGUGGACAGGAAGGAUUGAAAACCUACUAAGAAGGGUUUUAAAAGAAUAGAAACAAAGGUGUUUUCUGUGUAAGACCCUCACUUGAUCAGAAAAUUGUAACACCAAGCUAUUCCUGGAAAGUUUUUUUUUUUCUUUCAAUAAAUUCCUAAAAUCAACAUAUAUGUGUAUUCCAAAUAAUUGAGUAACUCCAGUCCGGUAAAUUAUAGUGCCAGAAAUGUAUGGAUUUAUUUCCUAGGGCCUUAUGGGAUGGCAAGGGAUAGCUUUAAUACUUAAUUGCAAGGAUUAAUUAAAAUUAACAUUCUUGUCACCAGCCUAAGCAGAGCAAGGGUUAUUAUUUUUAAGAAAAAAGAAGAAAAAGAAAGGAAAAGGUAAUCAAGACUUAGAGAAGCCUGAUUAUUUCUAUUUUAAUAAUAGCUUUAGAAAUAUUUGUGUCCUGUUAAUUAUUUCUAAUAAGUAUAUACUGUCUGGUAAUAAUAUCUUGAAU